AUGAUUCUUGAGCCUGUUGUGCUGGGACAGGAAGGGUCAGGACAGGCCCAUCAGGAGGCGGAGGCAUCUGUCCAUGAGGGACGAGUGAGGCAACCAGUUAUUGAGGUUUAUAGAUCAGCUAUACCACCCAUGUUUGACCGGGAUACUAGAGAGCGUAUGUUGAGCGCUUUCAGGAAGCAUUUCCCUCCUCACUACAAAGGUGGAAGAGAUCUCAUCGCAGCAUUGGAGUGGCUCCAAGAGAUGGAGCUCAUUUUUCAGGUUAUGGAAUGCGAUGCCAACACAAAGCUCUUAUAUGUAGUGUACAUGUUACAGGGGGAUGCUGCUGACUGGUGGAGUAAUGUUAGAAACUCACUUGAGUGCCAAGGUUAUGCUAUUACUUGGCCGUUAUUUGAGAGGCAUUUUCUGCAGAAGUACUUCCCUGAAGAAGCCAGGGAAAGGAAGAAAAGUGAGUUUGAAGACCUCCGGCAGGAAAGCAUGACUGUGGAUGAAUAUCUGAGCAAGUUCAACCGCUUGGCAAAAUAUUCUUAUUAUGGUAGAGCUCCCCUCACUCCAGAAGACAAGGCCUUUCGAUUCAGGAAGGGUCUGAAUGAUAUGAUAGCAGACAAACUGGCUGGUCAUUGCACCAGAGAUUUUGUGGAGUUGAUCAAGCAGUGCCAGAAUAUUCAAGAGCACUAUCGUACCAGGGGAAAGGAAGCAGCGGGAAAAAGCUUCAGUGGGAGGACUACGCCCUCGAAGGGUAAGGGCAAAGGUUUGCAAGCACAACAGAACACCAAGUUUAAGAAGACUCCCUUUGUAAAGAAUGGAAGCAGAAUGUCUGGUGCAGGGAAGAUUCCCACUUGUGCCAAGUGUGGGAAGAUGCAUACAGGUGUUUGCCGACUGGGGCAGAAUGUUUGCUUCAGUUGUGGUCAGGCAGGACACUAUUCCAGAGAGUGCCCCAAGAAGACGGGGCAAGUUGCAGCCAUUCAGGCGAUCCCUAUUCAGUCCUUGCCUACUCAGAGAGCCAUAGAGGAGCCUAUGGCGCCCACUAGUGCCAGGGUAUAUGCAGUGACACAACAGGAGGCAGAGAGGUCUCCAAACCUUAUCAGAGGUAUUAUUCUUAUCAGAUGA